UUCAGGCUUUGGUGCCCUCAAGUUCACUAUAUAAAAAGUAAUUUUUUUAACUAAGAGUAUUGUUUGCGACUAUCAGCAUCAUCGUGUUCAUAAUUUGUUCAAUAAAGCAUGGCUGGGGUAAAGACUCUGUUGGUUGGAUUGUUGGCUCUAUGUUUGGUUAAUUCGUGCUUUUGCAGUGGUUGGGACAGUUAUAUAGAUAAUCUCAUAGCUCAGAGUAAGGAUGCCACUGGUGUUGCACAUGUCGAUAAAGCUUCAAUAUUUGGUUUGGAUGCAUCCAGAUGGACAUCAACGAGUGGGGAUAAGAUGUUGGAAUUGUCUUCAACGGAAGUAAAUACAAUUACAACUGUCUUUAAAUCUGGAGAUUUCAACACUUUUAUGUCAAACGGUGUAUAUGUUAGUGGUGUGAAAUACCAGUUUUUGAGACAGGUAGAUGGUAUAGAGGUUUACGCUAAGAAGAAAGGCAAUGGUGGCAUUGUAAUGAUGAAGUCAAAAACAGCUGUGGUUGCUGCUCAUUGUCCAGAAGGCAAACAAAUGGGUAAUGCCGCGAAAGGCGUUACGGUUAUAGCUGAAUACUUGGAUUCGAUGAACAUGUAACAAUAACAAACUACCCACAAGAUUAUCUACAAGAACAACAACUUAUUUCAGACAAUAAACUAUUCAAAUACUCA